AGACUAGUCCAUACUCUUGACUCUCUCUCUCUUUUUCUAUCAUCCUCUUCUUCUUCUUCUCUUUUUUCUCACUGCAAUAAUGGCCCAGCUCUUCAGAGACCUCUCAUUAGGCCAAUCCAAGCGUGAUUCCCACGCGCCGCCGCCAACAAUAACAAUGCCUCCCAAACCAAUCGCCGACGACCUCCCCUCCCCACUCGGCCAACUCGCCGCUACUCUCUCCGAUUCCGACCUCUCCCUCACCGCCUACGAGAUCUUCGUCGCCGCCUGCCGCACCUCCUCCGGGAAGCCACUCAGCUUCGUUCCCAACAACUCCGACUCUCCGAGUCAAAACUCCCCGGCCUACCAGCGAUCUCUUACCUCCACGGCCGCCAGCAAGAUGAAAAAGGCGUUCGGCUUGAAAUCGCCCGGGUCGGGUGGCCGGAAGAGCCCUGGCUCUUCCGGUUCCGGGUCGGGUCAGGGUAAGACGAAGCGGCCAAUGACGGUUGGUGAGCUCAUGAGGAAUCAGAUGAGGGUUUCUGAAGCCAUGGAUUCGCGUGUGCGCCGUGCGCUCCUUAGAAUCUCUGCUGGCCAGGUUGGAAGGAGGAUUGAGUCGGUGGUCGUGCCACUUGAGCUGUUGCAGCAACUCAAGUCUUCAGAUUUUACUGAUCAACAAGAGUAUGUGGAGUGGCAGAAGAGGACCCUCAAGGUUUUGGAGGCGGGUCUGAUUUCGCAUCCUUACAUGCCUCUGGACAAAUCCAAUUCUUCUGCGCAGCGGCUGCGACAUAUUAUUCAUGCUGCUAUUGAUAGGCCUUUAGAGACUGGGAGGAAUAAUGAGUCUAUGCAGGUUCUUCGUAGCGCUGUCAUGUCUCUUGCGAAUAGGUCGUAUGAUGGCUCUCUCACUGAUUCUUGCCACUGGGCAGAUGGGAUUCCUCUGAAUCUCCGGCUUUAUGAAAUGCUUCUGCGGUCCUGCUUUGAUGCUAAUGAUGAAUCGUCAAUUAUUGAGGAAGUUGAUGAGCUAAUGGAGCAGAUUAAGAAGACUUGGGGAAUCCUUGGAUUGAACCAGACACUCCAUAAUCUCUGUUUUACUUGGGUUUUAUUUCAUCAGUUUGUUGCGACUGGCCAGGUGGAUUUGGAACUGCUGUCUGUUGCUGAUGGCCAGCUAGCUGAGGUUGCAAAAGACGUAAAGACGACAAAAGAUGCAGAAUACUCCAAAAUUUUGAGUUCUACAUUGACUUCAAUUUUGGGAUGGGCUGAGAAAAGGCUUCUUGCCUAUCAUGAAACUUUUGAUCGUGGAAACAUUGAAACCAUGGAGGGCAUUGUCUCUUUAGGGGUAGCGGCAGCUAAGAUUUUGGUUGAAGAUAUAUCUAAUGAGUAUCGCCGGAGGAGAAGAACUGAGGUCAAUGUGGCCCGGGAAAGAAUUGAAACUUACAUCAGAUCAUCACUGCGCACUGCCUUUGCCCAGAUAAUGGAGAAAUCAGAUUCAAGCAGGAGAGCUUCAAGGAAUCAGCCAAAUUCUCUCCCUGUCCUUGCUAUUCUUGCAAAGGAUGUGGGUAGCCUGGCAGUUAAUGAAAAGCAAGUGUUCAGUCCAAUAUUUAAGAGAUGGCAUCCCUUGCCCGCAGGUCUUGCUGUGGCCACCCUCCACUCAUGUUAUGGAAAUGAAUUGAAGCAAUUCAUUUCAGGCAUCACAGAGUUGACACCUGAUGCUGUUCAAGUGUUAAGAGCGGCAGACCAAUUGGAGAAAGACCUUGUGCAGAUAGCAGUUGAGGAUUCAGUGGACAGUGAUGAUGGUGGUAAGGCAAUAAUCCGUGAGAUGCCUCCUUUUGAGGCUGAAGGUGCAAUUGCCAAUCUUGUGAAAAUAUGGAUUAAGACUAGAUUAGACAGACUGAAAGAAUGGGUUGAUAGAAAUCUGCAGCAAGAGCUUUGGAGUCCAAACUCAAAUCAGGAAGGAUAUGCCCCAUCUGCUGUUGAAGUAUUGCGAAUCAUGAAUGAAACUUUGGAUGCAUUCUUUCAGCUUCCAAUACCAAUGCAUCCUGCAUUACUUCCGGAAGUGAUGAAUGGCCUUGAUAGAUGCCUUCAGUACUAUGUUAUCAAAUCUAAAUCAGGCUGUGGAUCACGAAAUACUUUUGUUCCAACAAUGCCCGCGCUGACCAGAUGCACUAUUGGCUCAAAGUUUCAAGGCUUUGGGAAGAAGAAAGAAAAAUCUCCAAAUUCUCAAAAGAGAAACCCUCAGGUUGCAACAAAUGGAGAUAGCUCUUUUGGGAUCCCACAGCUCUGUGUUCGCAUAAAUACUUUGCAAUGGAUCUUGGGUGAAUUUGAUGUUCUGGAAAAAAGAAUAAUUACUCUUUUACGAAACUCUGAAUCUGCUCAUGCAGAAGAUUUUUCAAACGGAUUAGCGAAUAAGUUUGAACUCUCUCCAUCUGCCUGUCUUGAAGGAAUUCAGCAACUCUGCGAGGCCGCAGCUUAUAGAGUUGUCUUCCGUGAUCUAAGCCAUGUUUUAUGGGAUGGUUUGUAUGUCGGGGAUCCAUCAUCUUCCAGAAUUGAGCCAUUUAUUCAGGAACUUGAGCGGAACUUAAUGUACAUAUCAGACACCGUUAAUGAAAGAAUUCGCACGCGCAUUAUUUCUGAAAUAAUGAGAGCUUCCUUUGAUGGAUUCUUGCUUGUAUUGCUUGCUGGAGGCCCGGCUCGUGCCUUUUCCCGAAAGGACUCUCAAAUCAUAGAGGAUGAUUUCAAAUUACUUAAGGAGCUUUUUUGGGCAAAUGGGGAUGGCUUGCCUUCUGAAUUAAUAGACAAGUUGUCAGCUACUGUGAGGUCAGUCCUUCCUCUUUUCAGAGCCGACACAGAGAGCAUCAUUGAGCAGUUUAGACGGUUAACACUGGAGACAUACAAAUCCAAUGCUAGGUCUAGGCUUCCAUUACCUCCAACUUCUGGACAGUGGAGUCCAUCCGAACCAAACACAUUACUACGUGUUUUAUGCUAUAGAAAUGAUGAUUCAGCUUCUAAGUUUCUUAAAAAGACAUAUGAUCUCCCUAAGAAACUUUAACAACCUUGGGAACAGGUUAAUGGAAAUGGCAAACUUGGAUAUAAAUGCAGCCGGAGAUGCAUUCAUGCUUAACUGUCUGCUUCUGCAUGUAUGUAGUACAACAUAGCCUUAGCAGGUAAAUUAUCUGCAUUGAACAAGAUAUACCGGCACAUUCUCAGUUCGAAGGGAGGAAGCAUAAAUGUUGACCAUCAGAAUGAAAGGCUUGUUUGUGAAGGUAGUUGGAUAUUCUUUCUGAUUCAUUAAUUUUUGGGAGAUUAUAGAUAUCUCAAUGGUUUAUUCUGUGUUUAGCUUAAUUUGUUUUCUUUUUACACCUUAUGAAAGUUCUCUUUCACUAUAUAAAUUAUAUGAAAAUGAUGUCUAUGUUCUGAUUAUUCUUUUGUUAAUUUCCUUUGGAUGGUGUUGUCCCUUAUUUAAUAGUAUGAAAUGCAGUUAUGCAGGCAUUGUAUAGCCAAUUUGUUGAUUGA